GAGGCCAGGCUUGCCCUGAGUGGCUGGACCACAUCACGUGAUGAGAGAGGCGGCCACAGGGGAGCAACCUAUGGUGCCUUGUGAGGUCAUCAUGGCGCGACGAGGAGCUGCAGUUGUAGGCACGCUGGAUACGAUUUUCUAUUUUGUACAUACAUUAUUUUGUAUAUACUGUAUAUGAUGACUUCAGUGAGCAGUGACCAUUGUCGAGGUGCUCGUGAAAAAACACAGAUUUCAGCAGCACAAUCAACGCAACCACAGAAACAGGUGGUACAGGCAACAGCUGAACAGAUGCGUCUUGCUCAAGUGAUCUUUGAUAAGAAUGAUUCAGAUUUUGAAGCUAAAGUUAAGCAGCUUAUGGAAGUGACAGGGAAAAAUCAGGAUGAAUGCAUAGUGGCCCUACAUGAUUGUAAUGGAGAUGUGAACAAAGCUAUCAAUAUAUUGCUGGAAGGGAAUUCAGACACAACUUCAUGGGAGACCGUAGGGGGGAAGAAAAAGAAUUUUGCAAAAGAAAAUUCAGAAAACAAAGAGAAUAGAGAGAAGAAAAGCGAGAAAGAGUCAAGUCGUGGACGUGGAAACAACCGGAAAGGAAGAGGUGGCAAUCGUGGCAGAGAAUUUAGAGGUGAAGAAAAUGGAAUUGAUUGCAAUCAAGUGGACAAACCUUCAGAUCGUGGCAAGCGAGCCCGAGGUAGAGGAUUUGGACGUGGCAGAGGGAGAGGGGCAGGAAGGUUCUCAACCCAAGGCAUGGGGACAUUUAAUCCUGCGGACUAUUCAGAUUCUACAUCUACAGAUGUGUGUGGGACAAAGCUAGUAGUUUGGGAAGCUGCUCAGAAUGGUGCAGAUGAGGGAACUGAACUGGCAUCAGAUACUCACAACGUAGCUCAGGAUCUGUCAAACAAAAGUUCUUAUGGACUCAAAGGGGCUUGGAAGAAUUCUGUGGAGGAGUGGACAACAGAAGACUGGACUGAAGAUCUUUCUGAAACAAAGGUCUUCACUGCCUCAUCUGUUCCAGCAGAGAAUCACAUCUCACCUGGGCAAAGCAUUGAUCUGGUAACCUUGCUCCAGAAGCCUGUUCCUCACGGUCAAGCCUCAGAAGCCAACUCCUUUGAAACUUCCCAACAGCAGGGCUUUAGCCAAGCCCUUGUCUUCACAAAUUCGCAACACAACAAUCAGAUGGCACCAGGGACUGGCAGCUCCACUGCUGUCAACUCGUAUUCUCCUCAGAGCCUGUCAUCCGUCCUUGGCUCAGGAUUUGGAGAGCUUGCACCACCAAAAAUGGCAACCAUCACCAACUCCCAGAUUUUGGACCCAUUGAAAGCUCCGAGUUUGGGCCAGUUUACUACCACCCCAAGUACACAGCAGAAUAGUACAAGUCACCCUACAACUACUACUUCUUGGGACCUCAAGCCCCCAACAUCCCAGUCCUCAGUCCUCAGUCAUUUUGACUUCAAAUCUCAACCUGAGCCAUCCCCAGUUCUUAGCCAGUUGAGCCAGCGACAACAGCACCAGAGCCAGGCAGUCACUGUUCCUCCUCCUGGUUUGGAGUCCUUUCCUUCCCAGGCAAAACUUCGAGAAUCAACACCUGGAGACAGUCCCUCCACUGUGAACAAGCUUUUGCAGCUUCCCAGCAUGACCAUUGAAAAUAUCUCUGUGUCUGCCCACCAGCCACAGUCCAAACACAUCAAACUUGCUAAGCGGCGGAUACCCCCAGCUUCUAAGAUCCCAGCUUCUGCAGUGGAAAUGCCUGGUUCAGCAGAUGUCACGGGGUUAAAUGUGCAGUUUGGGGCUCUGGAAUUUGGGUCAGAACCUUCUCUCUCUGAAUUUGGAUCAGCUCCAAGCAGUGAAAAUAGUAAUCAGAUUCCCAUCAACUUGUAUUCGAAGUCUUUAAGUGAGCCUUUGAAUACAUCUUUACCAAUGACCAGUGCAGUACAGAAUUCCACAUAUACAACUUCUGUCAUUACCUCCUGCAGUCUGACCAGCUCAUCACUGAGUUCUGCUAGUCCAGUAGCAACUUCUUCCUCUUAUGACCAGAGUUCUGUGCAUAACAGGAUCCCAUACCAAAGCCCUGUGAGUUCAUCAGAGUCAGCUCCAGGAACCAUCAUGAAUGGACAUGGUGGUGGUCGAAGUCAGCAGACACUAGACACUACUUCGUCCGUUCCUGCUCCAAAGACAACAGGCCCUCCCUCUGCCCUCCCAUCUGUGAGCUCCCUGCCCAGCACCACCUCCUGCACUGCACUUCUGCCAUCCACAUCCCCACACACUGGCGACCUGAGCAGCAGCCCUCUCUCUCAGCUUAGCAGUUCGCUCUCCAGCCACCAGAGCAGCCUCUCCUCUGCGCACGCAGCCCUCUCCUCGAGCACGUCACACACACAUGCCAGUGUGGAGAGCGCCUCUUCCCUCCAGUCCUCAGCCAACUUCUCCACGGCAGCAACCUCCGUCUCGAGUUCCGCAUCCUCAGGCGUCAGCCUGUCCAGUAGCAUGAACACUGCGAACAGCCUCUGUCUGAGUGGGACCCCCACGAGUGUGUCCAGCAGCAGUAGCAGGGCCGCACCCUUGGUGACCUCAGGCAAAGCACCUCCAAACUUGCCUCAGGGGGUGCCUCCCCUGCUGCACAACCAGUACCUCGUAGGUCCUGGAGGACUGCUUCCUGCCUACCCGAUCUAUGGCUAUGACGAGCUCCAGAUGCUGCAGUCACGGCUGCCAGUGGACUACUAUGGAAUUCCCUUUGCUGCACCCACAGCGCUUGCCAGCCGAGAUGGGAGCCUAGCUAAUAAUCCGUAUCCAGGUGAUGUCACGAAGUUUGGCCGUGGGGACUCUGCAUCCCCUGCACCCCCUACCACACCAGCUCAGCCACAGCAGAGCCAAUCACAGACCCACCACACAGCCCAGCAGCCCUUCCUGAACCCUGCACUGCCACCUGGCUAUAGCUACACUGGCCUUCCCUACUACACAGGCGUGCCCAGUGCCUUCCAGUAUGGCCCCACCAUGUUUGUCCCUCCAGCCUCAGCCAAGCAACAUGGGGUGAACCUCAGCACUCCCACACCUCCCUUCCAGCAGGCCAGUGGUUAUGGCCAGCAUGGCUACAGUACAGGUUAUGACGACCUGACCCAGGGGACAGCAGCAGGAGACUACUCCAAAGGUGGCUAUGCUGGAUCAUCGCAGGCACCAAACAAGUCUACAGGUUCUGGGCCUGGCAAAGGAGUAUCAGUGUCUUCAAGCACCGCCGGUCUACCUGAUAUGACUGGUUCUGUCUACAAUAAGACACAGACUUUUGACAAGCAGGGAUUUCAUGCAGGGACCCCUCCACCUUUCAGCCUGCCCUCAGCCUUGGGCUCCACUGGGCCCCUGGCCCCGGGAGCGGCCCCUGGCUAUGCGCCCCCACCAUUCCUGCACAUUUUGCCAGCCCACCAGCAGCCCCACUCCCAGCUGCUGCACCACCACCUUCCACAGGAUGCCCAGAGUGGCUCGGGUCAGCGCAGCCAGCCCAGCUCCCUGCAGCCCAAGUCUCAAGCCUCCAAACCUGCCUACGGCAACUCUCCAUACUGGACAAACUAAAUCCGGAAGAGAGGGGCGUGCUGGGGCACGGCUUAUCCUGGGCAGGAGAGAACACACGAGCACAUAUUUGGGAGCCCAGUGCCCUUCCCUAGAAUUCCCGAGACAUGUGUCAGCCAUGCCUCUGUGGGGAGCCUGCCUCCCAGACUGGCUAUUGUAUGUAAUGUAUUUAUGUAUGUAUUUGUAAAUGUGAUAGAAGUCUGGGGGAGUUCGGGGAUGGCUGCAGAUGUUAGCCAGGUCUGUUCUCCCCAUUCAAGCCCCUUCUCCACUGUAGCAAAAUAAGUGCCCCCACCCCAUCUGCCUUCAGGUCCUCUUCAUAGCCUGCACUGCCCAGUGGGCCACUAGGGGCAGUCUCUGGAAGGGCUGGUUCAAGGCUGUUUGGGUAUAGGGGUCAGGUACCAAUGAAGAAUCACGACUUGUCUCACUCCUUUGGAAAUUAUUUGUUUUCUUUCCUGUGUAAUUACUUUAUACCCGUUUUUGAGAAACUGUUCAUUUUGUCAUCUGUCAUGGUCUCCUUCCACCAAAUCUUGAUCUGGGAAUAGCAGCGAUAUCCCUCCAGCCAACACAAAUAUGGGCACCUGUUUGUCUUCAAACAGCGGCUUCUAGUCUGGUCAUGUCCCUAGAGACUUACUAGAGACUGGCUGACCAUGAAAAAAAAUAAUAAUCUCAGUUGUUCAGCCAGUCAGCUCCCCUUUAAAAAUCAAAGAUAUCUCCAAGCAACACAUCUCCAUUCCGGUUGUCUUGAACCAGGUGGGCAACUGCUUCAGGGGUUUUCUCUUGCCCAAUCCCCACCUAAUAAAGUUCUGAGAGCAUGCA